AUGGAGAAGACAGUCCGUUAUUGCUGUGUAUCGCGUGGUAAUCGAGCUCUAUACGUAUACACCAAAGAAGGCCAACAACAAGACAUCGAGGAGUUAGCCACAUUGUGUUUAGAAAAUCCUCCUUUGUACCACAAGUGGUACUUCGAGACUAUCGGCAAAAGAACAUUCGGGUUCUUGAUGGAAGACGGCUUCAUCUACUUCACAAUUGUUGAUGAAGGGCUAAGGAGUUCUGGCGUGCUUCGUUUUCUCGAACAUCUUAGAGACGAAUUCAAGAAGGUUACUCGAAAGGGCUCCCGAGGAAGCAGCUUCUCGGGGUUGAACUCGAUACUUCAAGAACAGCUAGUGCCGGUCAUUUCCCAGCUGAUCAAUUCUCUGGAGCACAGAUCUUACAAUGAAUGGAAUGCUGGUGCCAUCAGUGGUCUCUCUCCCUCAACAAGCCAGAUCGAGCUUACCAAGGCUCCAUUGUUGGGGAAACCAAGCAAGCAUGAGAAGAAGAAGUCAGCAAAGGAUCAUGUGAUUGCCAUGAGGGAUAUCGACUCAAAUAAGGCUUGUGAGUUGACCACUCAAGAUACGAGUAGUCAAGGGGCUUCUGUGGGAAUUCCUCAAUCCUCAGCUCAAAAGGAUUUAGGAGGAUCGACAAUGAGGAUUAGGCCGAGCUCUCAGAACAUUCGGAAGAAAUGGUGGAGGCAAGUGAAGAUAGUCCUGGCCAUUGAUGUUGUUGUUUGCUUGGUGUUGUUUAUAAUCUGGUUGUCAAUCUGUGGAGGGCUCAGAUGCAUUCGUUGA